GGACCGGGCUGAGUGUUUCCGGGUCGCCGUUGUGAACUCUGUUGUCCAGUCGACACGCGUGGAGCAACAAACAGCAACUUUCCACCAAAACACGCCGACAGUCUCCAGUAAACACACCGGAGAGGUGUCCUCUAAUCGGUCUGACGCAGCGCAGCGAGACGUGCUUCUGCCAACAUGGCUCCGCCACGGUCGAAGAAGCGGCGUCCGACGUUCCGGCGUCUGCUGAAGACGAGCGGCGUGAAGCUGCAGAACAAGCAGAAGAACCGACAGAUGAAGCAGCAGAAUGUGGCCAAGAAGCAGCGCAAGGAGCAGAAGAAGCUGCGGCAGGCGGUGAAGGACGCCAACAUCAGGACGCCGCGCCCGCUGGAGACCUACCGGAAGAGACCAGACGAGGAGGAGGAGGAGGAGUUCCUGGAGAGUCUGCCCACAGACAUGAUGGAGGAGGACGACCUGCAGACCAUCACCGCCAUGGCUCGACAAGCCUCCUUCAUCACCAGGGACCUGUCGGCAUGCGCCCCGGUGCACAGCGGGAAGAAGCGGAGCUCCGAGGUCAUCCGCGGCUACGAGAAGGUUCCCCGUAAGCUGGUGAGGACGGAGGAGAAGGAGGUGAUCCACCUGCUGCCCAUCAAAGACAAGCGUGGCGUGAUCCCGCAGAGCAUGGAGCGAGUCGUGAAGAAACAGCCGGAGGAGGAAGAGGAGGAGGAGGAGUACGCUGCUGAUGAGCCCGAGUCUGAUAAUGAGGGGGCGCCGCAGACUGCCUCGCUGACGCUGGCGCAGAUAGAGCGGCUCAGGAUCAACAAGAUCAACGACCUGAAGCUGACCAUUGCCGCACACGGCUCCGCCAUUGUGUCCGACCCAUACAACAACAUAAAGCGUGUGAAGCAGCUCCGUGGGAUGCUGAUGGAGUCUGACUCCAGCGUGGCGGUGACCGUCAGGAAGCUGGUGAUGGUUUCUCUCAUGGAGAUCUUUAAGGACAUCACGCCGUCCUACCGGAUCCGACCUCUGACAGCCGAGGAGAAGGCCGCCAAGGUGAAGAAAGACACUCAGCAGCUCAGAGACUUUGAAGAAGGUUUAGUGAGUCAGUACAAGUUCUACCUGGAGGACCUGGAGCAGACCGUCAAAGACUGGCAGCAGCAGAAGAAGAAGCGCAGCAUGGCGGUGUCCCUGGACUCGUAUGGCGGUCUGGCUCUGGUGGCGGUUCGCUGUCUCUCUGAGCUGCUGCUGGCUCUGCCUCACUUCAACUUCCACAACAACAUCAUCGUUUCCCUCUGUCCCCUCAUGAACCACCGGGACAACCAGGUGUCGGUGAUGUGCUGUGAUGCGUUCAGGAAGCUGUUUCAGCAGGACAGAGAAGGCGUGGCCUCGCUGGCGGCGGUGCGGGUCAUCUCAGGACUCGUCAAGAGCCUCAGCUACAACGUCAGACCAGAGAUGCUGAAGACGAUGCUGAGUCUCAGGAUAAAGGAGGUGCAGGUGAAGAAGGACCUGGAGGACACGGCACCAAAGAAGAAGUUCAUGAACAACAAAGAGAAGAGGAAAAACCUGUCCAGGAUGCAGAGGAAGUGGAAGAAGGCUGAGGAGAGGCUGGAGAAGGAGCUGCUGGAGGCUGAAGCUUCUGAGAGCCAAGAGAAGAAGAUCAAACUGCACACAGAGACUCUGAACAUCGUGUUCUUGAUCUACUUCAGGAUCUUGAAGAAAGCUCAGAAGUCGGUUCUGAUUCCUGCAGUUCUGGAGGGUCUGGCCAAUUUCUCUCACCUGAUCAACCUGGAGUUCUUUGACGACCUGCUGAACGUGCUGCAGAACCUCAUCCAAUCAGGAGAUCUGAACCACAAGGAGAGUCUCCACUGCAUCCAGACGGUCUUCACCAUCCUGUCAGGACAGGGUGACGUUCUCAACAUCGACCCUCUGAACUUUUACUCUGAGUUGUACCGGAUGCUGCCGCAGCUCCACGCAGGGGCGCCCAAUGAUGACAUCAUCAUCGUGCUGCGGUGCCUGGACGCCAUGCUGACACGCCGCAAGAAGCAGGUGACGUUGCCGCGGGCGAUGGGCUUCGUCAAACGGCUGAGCAUGCUCAGUCUGCACACACUGCCCAACGCCAGUGUGGGCGUCCUCCACGCCACCAGGGCCGCCCUGCACGCAUUCCCCAGGUGUGACUUCUUGUUGGAUAACGAGGUUCAGGGCAGCGGAUUCUACCUGCCGGAGCUCGACCAACCAGAACACUGCAACGCCCAGAACACAGCACUGUGGGAGCUACACACUCUACAGAGACAUUACCACCCGGUGGUGCGGCGGCUGGCAGUCCAUCUGUCUCACGGCGCUCCCAGCGAGGGCUCGGCGGCGCUCAGUGCUCAGCUGAGCCGCAGGUCUCCGGUGGAGCUGUUUAACCUCUACAGUGUCAAAGACAUGACCUUUAACCCCCCUGUAGCUCCGCCCGCCACUCACAAAAAGGAUCGUUUCGUGUUCGGGGCGUCGCUGCUGGACGCCGAGCUGCAGAGACGAGCCGACAGCGCCAUGACCGUCACCACGGAGACACAGCUGGACUUCACUGCAGCACACACACAACACUGACACACGUUUUGCCUUCAACAUAAAAGCCUCAGCUGUUUGUUUAUAAACAAGUGAAAUAUAUGUUUUUUAUUGGAACAGAAGCCAAUAAUAGUGAUGGUUGUUUGCUUUAGAUCUGCAGGAAACAGGAAGUUGUUUUUUUAUUUUUCAAAGUAUUAUUUCUGAAUGGACUUCAGUCCAUAUUCUGUUCAGCUGUUUUAAUCCUGUAACAAUAAAUUAAAAUAUGAUGUACAGACGUCACUGAAGAAAACCUGAAAAA